UCGCCCGCGCGAGGAGGACGAGCCGCUGCGGCAGAGCCGAGGAACCGGGACCCCCCGCUGCGAAGAUGAGGCCCACCGCACUGCUCCCGCUGCUGGGGCUGCUGCUCCUCUGGGAGGGCUGCCACGGCGUUCUUCCCCCCAGCGAGCUGCAGCGCCUGUCCGAGAGGGGGAGCCGCCUCAUCGACACGGAACUGGAGAACGCCAUCAACGGGGUCCGGCAGAUGAAGAUGCUGAUGGAGCAGACGAGCAACGACCACCGGGAGGUCCUGGCCAGCCUGGAGGACACCAAGAGACAGAAGGAGGAGGCGCUGCUCGUGGUGCGGGAGGCGGAGCAGCGGCUGGGCGAGAAGGAGGUGUGCAACGCGUCCAUGCUGGCCCUCUGGGAGGAGUGCAAGCCCUGCCUCAAGCGGACCUGUGUGCAGUUCUACACCCGCACGUGCCACAGCGGCGCCGGCCUGGUGGGCAGGCAGCUGGAGGAGUUCCUGAACCAGUCCUCGCCGCUCUCCGUCUGGCUGAACGGCGAGCGCGUCGACUCCCUGAUGGACGUGGACGAGGAGCAGGGCCGGCGGCUGGAGGACCUGGAGGAGCGCUACGGCCUGGUGGAGGACGGCGUGGACGAGCUGUUCCAGGAGAGUGCCCAGGCCUACCGGCAGCUCACCCCCUUCCUGCGCUCGCCCUUCGGCGGCUUCCGGGACGGCUGGGCCCCGCUGCGCGGCCUCCGCCACCCCUUCGUGGACGCCCGCGUGGCCAGGAACGUGCCCGCCUUCUCCUUCUUGCCCAGCGGCUUCCGGCCUCACCAGGACUUCCACCAGAUGCUGCAGCCGUUCUACGAGAUGACCCAGCGGCUCUUUGAGGGCGCGCAGAGGGCCAUGGAGCAGGACGGGCGGUGGCUGGACGGCAGCCCGGGGCCCCUGGGCGCGUUCCCGACAGGGAUUCCGGCUCCCGGCGACAACCGCAUGGUGUGCCGUGAGAUCCGGCGGAAUUCGGCCAGCUGCUUGCGCAUGAAGGAGAAGUGCGAGAAGUGCCGGGCCAUCCUGGAGAUAGACUGCUCCGAGACGGACCCCGAGCAGAACCGGCUCCGGGAGCGCUUCGAGGACGCCCUGCGGCUGGCCGAGCGGUUCAGUCGGCGGUACGACGAGCUCCUGAGGACCUUCCAGGAGGAGAUGCUCAACACCACGGCCCUCCUCGACCAGCUCAACCAGCAGUUCGGCUGGGUGUCCCAGCUGGCCAACGCCACGCGGAACGGCGACCGGCUCCUGCGGGUCGUCACGGUGGUCACGCAGCCCUCCGAGUCCGGAGACCCAUCAAGAGGGGCUGACACCCAGGUGACGGUCCGGCUCUUUGGCUCGGAGCCCCUCUCCCUGACCGUGCCGAGAGACGUCCCGUGGGAUGACCCCCGGUUCAUGGAGCUGGUGGCCGGGCAGGCCCUGCGCGAGUACAAGAACAACGAGGUGGAGUAGCACGCCUGUGCCUGGGAUCUCACGCCACGCUGGGAGAGAACGCUGCCUCCGCCGUCCCGCCUUCCCGCUUGAGGCUCUUGUCGCGCCGCUGGAGCCGCCUGUCCGCGCCGUAGUUAACACACUGGGUCCCUGCCCUGUUUCUGCUGCUGGGUCGCCCCGAUCCAAACAAAGUAAACGAUCUAGGCCCAA